GAGGAAGGGGGAGGAGGGAGAUGGAUAUUGAGAGAGGAGGUGAAAAAGGAGGGGAAACAGAGUGAGGGAUACCAAGAAUAGUAGGUAGGCAGAUGUGUCGCCAUCCAUAGACCUGACACUCCAGAAGCACUCGUACGGCAUCACAAUGUAGUGCUUUGGUGAAAAGCUGCGGAAUGAGGAAAGGAUGCAAUGACCGCAGCCCUGGAAGAUCAACCUCAGCAGAUGUGAGAGAAGAGCGGAGGCAUGCUGUAAAGCCAAAGCGUUUAUUUCUGGAUCUGUUACUGUAAAAUCCGCAUCUCAGGAAAGAUGUAUGCCUUUUAUUCUCUCCUGGUGUACAUCUUCUACACUGUCUUCAAAAAGGAUGAGGAGGCAGAACUGGAGGGGGCCUGCGGAGCGUCUCCAGAGGAGCCUGGCCAUGUUUCCAUGGAAACAGUGAGCAGGGGGAAGGGUAGCCACACCCCCAGGUUGGGAAAAAGAGGAUGUGCAAGACUGAGUGAUUCAAGCAGCAGCAGCGAUAGUGAUGGAAUGUCUCUCAGUGAUGAAGAUGAUGAUUUUGAUGAAGAUCAUGGGAGACCUGCCAAAACACCAUUAACAGCUUUCCUGUCUUUCAAGCAUGAGACGGAAAAGAGAAGAACCUCUACUGCUCAAACAGGACCAAGUGAAAAGGUGACCGAUUCUCCACUGCUGUCGGUGAUGUCACACCUGCUGAGUUUCCUGGAGCAAUAUUCCCACCUGCAACAGCUUCAGCAGCAGGCCGAUCAGUACCGUCUGCAGCUGCGCAGACAUCGCACCCAGCACCGCAGAAAGAUGAAGGCUCUGCGUGCCACCUACCGCCAGCGGCUCAGAGACAAGAACAGUGUCAUUAACAGCCUGGAGGAAGUGAUCGCCCAGCAACAGACCACCAGUCCAUCACCUGAAAAUGAAGGUGAAUGUGUGAUCCCUUCCGGGUCACCGGCAGGUUUGCAUAAAUUGGUUCAGUCUCUGUGCGGUCUUCAGGGAGAGAAGAGUCAGCUCAGAGGAGAACUACGAUCGCUUCAUUCCCAGUUUGAGCAGAGAGAACGAGAUCGCCACACUAAAGUACAGGCCUUCCAACAGCAGAUUGAUGAGCUGAAGAGCUGCAUUGAGGAAAGAGAGGAGGAGCUAUCCAAACUCAGAGUGACAUCGGGAGUAACAGACUCAGAAAAGCGAGUGCUGUGCUUAUCAGCAGAGAAUGAGAGUUUGAAACACAGUCUUACGGUGACACAGGGUCUCCUACAGCAGCUGUCAGUCAUCCCAUCCCAGUCCAGUACUGUGCUCAUAAAGGAAAAUGAGAACCUGCGCAGUCGUGUUCUGCAGCUGGAGAGCUGUCUGCAGCAGCGGGCGGAGCAGCUGUCUCGUGUGGAGCAUCAGAGGGAACAGAACGAGUGGACGAGAGCCGAGGAGCUGAAGAGACGAGAGGACAGCGUCAGACAGCUACAGCUGGAGCUUGACAAAGAACGCAACAAAGCCCCUGUGGUUAAAUAUGUGACUCAAACUGUGGAGGUGGAAUCACCUUCAACUCUACGACAACUAGCUGAAGCCAGACACCAGAAUGAACAGCUGUCUGAGAAGUUGAGCGAUCAUAGAGAAAGAUGCCGACAGCUGGAGGAGAACAUCAGACGCUCAGAUGACGUCAGCUGCAAUUUGCAACACAAGAUUGCAGCGUAUGAGAGGGAGAUUGGUACCCUCAGGCAGGAGCUGCUGAAGGAGAUUGUGCAUCUGGAAGAAAAGAAAGAGGAGGCUGUGAAAGCCGCAGCUAACUGCUCUGAGGAACAUCUCCAGAGUCUACAGGACCAGUUUACAACUCUACAGAAGCGUUUAAGUGCUCUUCCUCCUACCUUACGCUCAAUGAAGACCGACUAUGCCAGUCUGCGCAGUCAAGUCCGCAAUUUUUCCGACUUCUAUGGGUCAGCUAUCAAAGAAGCCAAGAAACAGAUCACGGCAGCUAUAAGUGAGAUGUCAGAGGCCAAUAAAGACCUUCUAGAAAAGUACAGGAAAGAGGUAGCGCUCCGCAGGAAGUACCACGAGCAGCUGGUUGAACUUAAAGGUAAUAUCCGUGUCCUGUGCCGUGUAAAGCCGGUGCUGAAGGAAGAUCAACACGAGGAAGGCCAAGCAGUAGUUGUGACCACAGACCCCCAUAAUGAAUCUGCACUCACUGUUUCAAGCAAAGGCAAACCCAAAAUCUUUGAGCUGGAUAAAGUGUUUCACCCUCAGGCCACUCAAGAAGAGGUGUUCCAGGAAAUUGAUCCGCUCAUCACAUCCUGUAUAGAUGGAUAUCACGUCUGCAUCUUUGCUUAUGGCCAGACAGGAUCAGGCAAGACCUACACUAUGGAGGGUACUGUCGAGAACCCCGGCAUUAACCAGCGAGCCCUGAAACAUCUGUUCAAUGAGAUCGAGGAAAGAAAAGACAUGUGGACAUACACUGUCAGUGUCAGUUCGGUGGAAAUUUACAACGAGGUCCUGAGAGAUCUGCUCAGUAAAGAUGGAGAGAAGCUUGACAUCAAGAUCAACCCAGAUGGGACAGGUCAGCUACAUGUGCCAGGCCUCAGGGUCAUGGAGGUCAAAGGCUUCCAACAUAUCAAGAAAAUUUUAGCCAUAGCUCGAAAGAACAGGAUUACAUUCGGGACGCAGAUGAACCAGCAUAGCUCUCGUUCACAUGCCUUGCUCACUGUUACUGUGCUGGGGACGGACCUCGCUAGCGGAGCCAAAACCACCGGAAAGUUGAAUCUUGUGGAUCUGGCUGGUUCAGAAAGAGUAUGGAAGUCAGGAGCAGAGGGUGAGAGACUAAAGGAAGCCCAGAAUAUUAACCGCUCACUGUUAGCUUUAGGAGAUGUGAUCCAGGCUCUAAAGGCCCACCAGACUCACAUACCCUUCAGGAACUCCCGACUCACCUACCUACUGCAGGACUCGCUGGGAAAAGGCAACAAAACCGCCAUGGUUGUGCAGGUUUCUUCUCUAGAGAGUAACGUGGGAGAGACCCUGUGCUCGCUGAAGUUUGCCCAGCGGGUCUGCAAGGUGGAACUUGGUCCUGCUGCACGAAAAAUUGAGACAGGAGGACAUAACGAAACCAAAAGUUAAUGCUUGACAUCAAACCCACCUUCCCUCCAGUAACCACAAGACAUGAAAUCCCAACUCAACUGUAGCUGAACAAGCUUUUUAGUCUUCAGCUCCAGCCCGAGGCAUCCAAUCCUAUUCAAGGGCUACAAUUCUGGAAGCUUCAAUGAUGCCCCAUUACAGCGAUGAGAACAAAUAUGGGAUCACUCGAGUUCCAACUUUCUGUUACACGGCAAUGGGUUGUCUCCACCAGCUGACGUGCAUGUUAAAAUCUCACCUGGCAUCAGGCGUAUCCAGAUAAGCUCUUCCUCACUGUAAAUUUAUACCGUAGCAAUCACAGAAAAUAAUCUCCAGGGAAGAUUUGUGUGGAAAUGUUAGUGAACUUCGCAAAAACACACCACUGUAUCAUUUUUCAUAACGUGUAAUGCUUGCGUCUACUGUUAUUUAGUCAAAAUAAGUGAAAUUAUUGGUAGAAUAUAAAUGCAGUCUAGGAACUACUGGCCAAAUGAGUUUUAAUUGUUUGCGUGUGGUCAUUGUGGACUACCAUAUCUAUUGUUUAUAACAAUAACAUGGAGAUUUAUUUAUACAAGACCAACAUUUGCAAGCUUUAAAGGAAUGUUUUUGAUGGCGAGGUACUAACAGGUGGAGAUUGACUGAACGUGAUCCUUGGAGGAACAUUUGGAUGAAAACAUCUACAGAAGUUGAUGACGAAUGUAAAGUACUGUACAACAUUAUGUGCAAUAGCACCUCUUAGUGGAAAGUAUUUUGGCUUGGUUUUGGCCUUGGUAGGACACCUUUAUACUAAAUUGAAAUUAUGUAUAUUUUUAUUAUUGAUUAUAUCAAUAUAUUUCAAUGGAUAAUCUUAUAAGUAUUAACUAUGUUUAGGAUAAGCUUACAUUCGACGUUAAAUGUCUUUGAAAUGUCACAGUCAUGUUCUUGUGGGAGGUAAGGAAUGCACUUUAUUCUCAAAGACAUACUUCCAAUGCAAAACUAGCUGACACUAUAACCAUAUCAAUACUAAACAUAAAGAUGUUUGUUUCCGAAAUUACAUUAUGCAUUUGUUACACGCUUUUAUCUAGAACAACUUACAGUGCAUUCAAUAUACACAUUUAUAUCAGUGUAUUUCUUGAGGUCUAAACCCAUUACCUUUGAACGGCUAAUGCAAUGUUGUACCAGUUGAGCUAGAUACACUAUUAGUUGUGUUUCCCAUUAGCCGUUCUUUAGACCAUAUGCAUAUUCAACAUAGAUCAACCUUGCCUUGAAAACCAAGUUCACCCCAAAUGAAAACUCCUGUUUGGGGGUAUAUGUACUUUUUUCGAUUUGUAGUCAACUUUAGAUCCAAACGGAUUUAUUGUAAUUUACAAGUAGUAUCUUUCAACUGAAGCUGUUUAAAGGCAAAUACCCUUAUACUCUUGAAAUAAUGUUUUGUUUUCAUUGUGUACGACAAUAAAAUGUCUCAUUUAAUUCAUAUACAAA